AUGAAAGCCAACAUUACCACUGUUCAUGUCACUUUCGUUGUCCAUCACAUUACUCAGGCUUUUCCUUUUUCAAAGCCUCAUGCCUAUAUUUCCAUCAUUUUAGGUGAAUGGUCGAAGAAGGAUGUCAAGGAGGUCUUCCAUGAAUAUAUUAACUCAGGCGGUGAUAUAAAAUCGGACGCUUUCACUAUCAAUGGACAACGUAAUGAUUUCUACCCUUAUUCAAACAAUGGAACAUUUAGGAUAGUAGUGGAUACUGGGAAGAAAUAUCUUCUCAGAAUUGUGAACGCUGCAAUCCGUAAAAAAUUUUACUUUGGGAUUACAAGGCACAACUUAACUGUAAUUGCGAUGGAUGGAAGUCCUAUAACAAAACCAUUUACAACAGACUACGUCAAAUUGAGUGUAGAAUACUCGAUUGACUGCAUAUUCGAGGCGAACCAAUAUCCAGAUUAUUAUUAUUAUUAUAUAGUUGUUGUAACGAAUAUUAGCGAGACGUAUGACACGAAUAAAAUUACAACCGUCAUUAUAGAAUACCAAGGGAAUUACAUACCCUCUUCACCACCUCUUCUUCCCAACUUUUCCUCCAACUACGAUAAAAGUUCUAGUAGGAAUUAUUUAUAUGUAAUAAUGACUUUUGUAAUUUUGGGUUUAUUUUUUUGUACGACAUUCGUUGUUUGGUAUAGGCAGACUAAUAGGCCUCAUAGAAGCGCAAUGGUCACUCCCAUGUAA